AGCUACUUACGUGUACGCGUUCAGGUGUUUUAAUAAUUGUUAGCUAAAAUGAAACUAGAAAUAUUUUUUUAUGUGUUCACAACAAUUUUUUUAUACACAUUUAGUCAAAAAGUAAAUCUUUCCAAAACAUAUAAGGCAGCAGUAGUGGAAUAUCACACGGAAGAUAUUGAUGAGAUUAUAUCAGAUGAUGAAAAAAUAUUGAUUCGAGCAAAAAAUCAUAUCGAUUUACUACAAAGUAUUGAUGAGGAUUUGGAAAUAAUACUUUUUCCAGAAAAAAGUUUGUAUUCUCAUGAAAAUCUAGCAAAUAUUAGCAGUAAAAUUCCCAAAAAAAUGGAAAAUAUUUGCAAUUCUUCGGAUAUACAGUUUAAAGAAUAUUUAAAAUUAUUUUCUUGUGCUGCAUCUAAAUAUAACACUUCUAUAGCUAUUAAUGUUAUAGAAAAGAAGCAAUGUAGUCCAGAAGACAUGAAUAAUUCUUGUGUUGAACAAGUUUACUAUAACACAGUUGUGGUGUUUGAUAAUAAAGGAUGUCUAGCCGGAAGAUAUCGCAAAUGGAAUUUAUUCGGAGAAUAUCAAUUAACCAAACCGAAUAUUAUGGAUUUAACAGUAAUUACAACUAAAAAUAAUAUAAAGUUCGGUAUUUUUAAUUGUUUCGAUAUCAUGUUCGAUAUGCCAGCUUUAAAUUUAACUCGUGAUUUAGAUAUAAAAAAUAUAUUGUUUCCAAACAACUGGAUUUCUGAACUCCCAUAUUUGACAGCUUUACAAGUGCAGCAGAUGUGGGCUCAGGAAAACAAUGUCGUUUUAUUAUCCUCUGGUCAAAACAAUCCAAAAACAGGUGCAAGUGGAACUGGAAUAUAUAUUGUUAAUUAUGUCGUAGGGAAUCGAGGUCCUUUGGACUUUAUAUUUAUCGGAGGAGCUGGUGGUUCUUCAGUAAUAGUGAAGACAGUACCCAAUUUAUUGGAAAAUAAAGAUAUUAUUAAUAGUACAGUAAAUCAAGUAUAUGAUACAGAUACAUUAGCAGAAGGUUUAGAUGAUUUUUUUCUUUUACGAGAUUUAUCAAUGGAUGAUCACACAGCUAUUUUAAUGCCUGAAUAUGAAAGACUGAUAGAAGAAACAGUUUGUAAUGGAGACAAAGACAGAAUUUGUUGUCACUUCAAAAUAUCUAUAAGUACCCUACCAAUAAUUCAACGUAAACAUAGAUAUAAAUACCAUAUGGUGGCUUUCAAUGGCGUUCGAUCUUUUUCUGGAUUAAGAAAUGCUGGUAUAGAAUCUUGUGGAAUUGUUGCGUGCCUAAAUGAAUCUUUAUCGUCAUGUGCAUUAAGAUUUCCGAAUUAUUCUGAAAUCUACUGGCCAAUCGUUUUCGAUUUAAUAUCAAUCGAAGCUAAUUUUUCUAUUGACAGUAAACGAAUUCAGUAUCCCAGUUCGUUAUUAACUUCGUUACGACCGAUUUCUCCUAAAUGUACUACAUGGGAAACAGAAAAACUUCCCAAAUAUUUGAGGAGAAAAUAUACGUUAAAUGAAGCCGAAAAUCGGUUACUAACUUUUGGAAUAUUCGGAAGAGAUUUUAAUAGAGAUGGUGACCUUAUAAUUCCGAAUGCAAUAUGCAAGUCAACAGUAGCUUCCUAUGCAACCAUUUCAAUAACAAUAAUUUGUAAUAUCCUGUUUAAUUAUAUAAAAUUUAAUUGUUGAUUAAAUAUAUUUACAAUUGAAUCA